AAUAUUUAUAAAGAAUUUCAUGUUUGUUUACUUUGAGAAAAGUUUAUAGAGUGACAAGAAUCGACCAUUCUUUCUAUUGAAUUGCUAUAUGAUACUUCCCUUGUAUAGACCAACAACAACUGUCUGUUAUCAAAUGAUUAUUAUUCAUCGGUGGAUAUGGGCAAGAAAGGAAAGCUAUACUUGGGUAGGUCCGCUAAAGCCAAAAUUCGUAAAGUACAAGCAAGAGUUGGAAGUGGUAGAAUAAGUAACAAAGUUGUAUGUGACUCAGCGUUGAAACAACUUUGGUUACCGAAACAACGUGCAGCCGCACAGUUGGAACGAUUAGGCGUUGCAUACGACUCCAACAAAUGCCUAUCUAGAAAGACUUGGAAUAAUAACACACAUUCGGAGCUUAUCGAAUAUUAUGAACAACUAUCCAAGCAAGAAGCUCCCAAAAAACCCAAGCAAUUGACUCGAAGUGAAAAAUUGUACUUGAGCAAUAUUUUCCAUAAAUAUGGAAAUAACUUCAAAAGAGCUUUCCGUGAUACAAAACUCAAUUAUUUACAGUGGACGGAAACACAGCUUGCGAAGAACUAUAAGAAAUGGCUCGACGAGAACAACCAAAGUUUGCUGACAGAGAAUUAGCGCUCGACGAAAAGGUGCUCGCUGUAGCCGAUAGUCGUUGUCA